AUGCAACCACCUUCCAAAACUGAUAUCCCGCAUGGUACCUAUCCCAACAAUGUCGAUGCUCCCCGUCCAUCACCCAUAUUGCAACAGAGGCUCCUCGGCCACUUACAGAAUCUCACAGUCGAUACAAGAGGUCGUGACAGCCAUGAGGAUGAUGAAACUGCUGGUGCCAGCAGGAGCAGCAUGAUGCUCCUGUCUUGGAUUGAACAAACAAGUCUGAGCGUCGGAUUUCUAUCGCCGAUGAGUCUUCCAAUCGCGCAGCAUCGAAAACGGCCGAUGGACUUUGUCAAAGAAGCGAUUGCUGUAAUCAAUUCAGCAAAAGAUGAUGAGGACGAUGACGAUGAUGACAAUGACCACCACGAAGAAGGAAAAUGA